AUGUGUGACGUGAACAGCACUGGUCAAGGACAUCGCAGUGAUUUUGUCGACCUCAUUCGCUCUCUCAAAGCCAUCGUCGGCGUUGACAUCACGGACAACACCCAAAACAACGUCAUCAACAAAAUUGCACCAAUCAGAACGGCUUCACUAAACUCAUUCGCUGUGCCCACAUCUACCGGCGGCGAUUCUGUGCAUCGCAGCGUUUUUGGCACGAUCGCAGCUGUCACUGGCACGUACCGCCAACACAUCUUCAUACUGUUCAUCUUUUGCUGCACGAAUCUGAUGAUUUUCCUGGAGAGGUUCCGAUUUCACCGGUACGAGAAUCAACAUCUGGAUCAGCAUCGGGUGAUGGGUGUGGGGAUUGCCAUCACCCGAGGUGCCGCUGGUGCAGUAUCGUUUUGCCUUGGUGUCGUGCUACUGACCGUUUGCCGUAACGUCAUCACAAUCGUCAGAGGAAACGCCUCUCGGCGAGUUCAUCCCGUUCGAUUCCGCUAUCGGUUUCCACAAGAUCUAAACUUCUUACCUCGAUCAGCUCAUUGGUUCUACGGGCACUUUACCGGUCUCCCGGAUAGCUCUCUUCGCGGUGAUGUCAAUCAUCUAUUGUGUUUCGCACUUCAAGUUCAUGAGAGGGCAUAUCACGCGUUCGUCGCCAAAGUUCUGGAACUACGUCAUUGGUCCAAUAGUCAUUUUUGUAAUCGACCAAAUCAUGGGAAUGCGUCAGAAAUACAAGGAGAACUGAACAUCAUCAAUGCUGAACUUCUACCAUCCGAUAUCAUAUAUCUACAGUUCAAGCGACCAUGGUCCUUCCAUUUCCGUUCCGGACAAUGGGUACGUAUUUCGUCGCCUACGUUCUCCAGUACUUUCAAUGAAUGGCAUGCCUUCUCGCUCGCCUCAGCACCUCAAUCUCCAACCGUUGAACUCUACAUCAAGGUUUGUUUUGAGAUUGACAGCUGGCAUCAGCAGGGAGAGUCACGUGUCUAA